CUCGCAUCGUCCUCCUUAAUAAGAAAGCUUCCCGUCUACUUGUAUUGUUCCCAGCCUUUCUCCUACCUUAUCCCGGCCCAUACAUACAUUCAUACACCUACACAACAAGAAAGAACCUUCACACUUCACAGUCCCUCCCGUAUUUCUGGAUCUGUUCAUCAUCGAUCGAUCCAACACAUCUGGUGUAGUAAUCACAUACACUUCCAUUCCAAUCAUCUCCUGAAAUCCAUCGAGAGUCCUAUAUAUAUUAUAAUCUCUCAUCUUUUUUUUCCCUAAAUUAUUUUUCUCCAAAAACAACAGUGCAUACGUUAAUUAUAGCGUUGUUGCCUGUUGGGUAGCAAUCCCAACUCCCAGACAUAGCAUCCUAUAGUCAAAGUCAGCAGCUAGCCUGGGAGCUCGAUCCAUGGAGUUCUUGCCCGCAGCCGCACCGGCAGAGGACUCCGAGGAGAGGCAGUCUCGCGCGGCAUCGGCGGCGGAGAUGGAGAAGGAGCACAUGUUCGAGAAGGUGGUGACCCCGAGCGACGUCGGGAAGCUGAACCGCCUCGUCAUCCCCAAGCAGCACGCCGAGCGUUACUUCCCGCUGGACUUCGACAAGGGCAACGGGGGGAUAAUCCUGAGCUUCGAGGAGCGUGGCGGGAAGGCGUGGCGGUUCAGGUACUCGUACUGGAACAGCAGCCAGAGCUACGUGAUGACCAAAGGCUGGAGCCGCUUCGUCAAGGACAAGCGCCUCCUGGCCGGCGAUGCCGUCCUGUUCGCCCGCGGGGUCGCCCAUGACAGCGAGCGUGGCGGCCAUGGCCACCGGCGGUUCUUCAUUGACUUCCGCCGCCGCCUCCGCCCGGUAGCCGCGUUCCCGCCGGCGCCGGCGCCGCCGCUCCCGUCCGUGCCGCUCUGCCGGGCGUGGCCGUGGGACGGCGUCUCCGGCGGGGACCGGCGCCGCGUGCUGUUCCUCCGGCAGCAGGUGCCGACGGCGGCGGCAGCGGUUCUCAAGUCGUCGUCCGUGGUGCCGGCGGCGGCGGGCGCGCUGCUGGAGCCGGCGUCGAGGCAGAAGCGGGUCCGGUUGUUCGGCGUGAACCUCGACUGCCCUGCUUGCCCGCCGGCCGCGGCCGCGUCGACGCUCCUGCAGCAGAAGCAGCUGCCCUCGCCGUCUUCGUCUUCGUCGUCGUCUACGGCGGGGAAGGAAGCCUGCUCCUUGGAUCUUGGAUUGUGAAUUCAAGGCAAGGGGAAAUUAAGGACCAGCCGGUGCUGAGUCUACUACGUACUCUACGACUGACAGGCGAACUGAUCAAGAGAGAGCCAAUGGUGUGUCUGGAGCCAGCUAGCUGCAUGUGUACGUAUAUAGAAUGUGUAACAUUCAGAAGGGUUAUCUGUUGACGAUAUCGAUCUUUGCUCAUACGAUUUGCUUGCUCUGCUUUGCUAAUCAAAUUAGUUAAUUUGUUCUUGAUUUCUAUCAA